GCCUGGUGCUCAGUAGCACGGAAGCAGCUGCCUGGGGCUCACGUCCUCUCCCGCCCGCCAGCACUGUGCGCUGCCGACCAGCGAGCGGCCUCGUUGUGACCCCUGCUGAAGCAGUUCCUGAGCCAUGGGACAGUUGGGAUAUUGACGCAUAAUUGCCUAGUUCUAAUUGAGCCUGGUGGGGACUUAUAUACGAGUAAAGGAACUAUUUUCACAACUGCCAUGGCUCUUGAUACACGAGUGUUCAGGUGGACGAACCCAGCGACUUUUAGCGAUUUGUGCUGCGAUGAUUUCAACGGGUUAGUAGGAAGUGAUCUGCGUCAAAGAGAGUACCUGGAAGCUUACAGUGACGACUGUGACACGCCCUCAGCCAGCCCGGCCAGUGUCGAUGGGCCGCCCAGCCCCGUCAACCAGCAUUACGCCCAAGGCCUCAGCACGCCCACGCCUGUGUACACUGACCUGUCAACGCCCACUUCAAACACAUUCACCCCAGCAGGCUAUUAUAAUGACAAUGGGAACUAUUUCAGCGUGACGGAGCCUGCGAGAGGGCCGACAUUCCAGCCGACGGCCGAGUUCCAAGGACCUGCAGCUGGUGUUACUAGUGAGAACAACGGCUCCUUUACACCUGUUAAUUAUGAGAACUUCUGGCCUAGCGCCGGAGGUGCUCCUCAGAACACUUCCUCCGUCAUGACCUCUGCUUACCAGGCCUCGGGUCCUCACAAGCUGGACCUCUGCUCGGACACGCACGGCCAUAAUCACGACGUCUUCGACCGUAAGCCUCUCAGGAUACGCCGACGACAGCCUAAAUUCGUCAACGGUGAGGUCAAGAAGAAACGACGUCUUCAAGCCAACGCGAGGGAACGACGGCGCAUGAACGGAUUGAACGACGCCUUUGAGAGACUCCGGGAGGUGGUGCCAGCUCUCGGCAACGACAGGAAAUUGUCCAAGUUCGAAACGUUGCAGAUGGCACAGACGUACAUCACCGCCCUCGCAGAGCUCUUGAAGAGAGACACAUAGGCUUAACUCCCUCUGGUCAUCAUUUUUUAUAUCUACAGUUCAUCAUAGGCCUAGCUGCAGCUGAUCUCACCUGUUCAUCACACGCAUAGGUCUAGAAGCUCGUUAAAGGCCUCGCUCCAUCUGUUCAUCAUCGGCCCUUGCUCCAGUUGUUCAACUUAAGCGUAACAGCUGUACCGAAUAUGAAUAGAGCUGACUUCAUCCAAAUAUGCUAUAGUUUAUUAUAGGCCUAGAUCCAACUGUUGAAAGUAGGCCUGGAUCUGACUGUUCAACUUAGGCCUAACAGCUAUACUGCAUAUAUCAAUCUCCAGUUGUUCAUUAUAGGCCUAGCUCCAGCUGUUUACUAUCGAUCUACCUCCAGCCGUUCGAUUGAUGAAUUACUUCAUUUAUUCAUCAUAAGACUAGCUCCAGCCAUCAUAGUACUAAAUCCAUGGGUUUUUAUAGGCCUAAAUGUAACUUUUCAUGAUAUGCGUGACUCUAGCUGGUAUGUGAGAGUAUACAUUCUAGUGACCAUUUUUCAUUAGCCAUUUCAUUUAGUUUCUCAUAUGCACCAAUUAUUUAUUUAACUGCAAUACAUUCAUAAUUUUAUAUAUAUAUAUACACAUACUGAUACAUAUAGUGUGCUCUAUAAUUUGUAAAUAUAUAAAGGGUCACCUUUGUGUUACAUUAACAUUUAAAUACCAUCAACAAGAUAUGCAUUGGUUUGUCCUCGUCAAUCAUUUGCAAUCAUUCCUAGUUACGAGUUGAGGAACUGUGCAGGCAUGAGUUAAUUCUGUUUUAAGGAUUGUUGCACUGACUAAAUUAAUAAGUAGAUGAAGUUACAUCAAACGAUUCGUCAGGAAUCCACGAUGUCACAAUCGGUGGAUGUUCUGCCUUACAAAAUAUUAAUGGGGAGAUUGAUCUAUUUUUUUUUUGUAGUUCUACUUAUCAGAUGUCGUGUGAGUUAUGGUUGAGGCAACCCACCCUUUCUUAGCUUGUAAGUUACCUGCAAUCUGUGAUAUGUUACUAUAAGAGAAUGUUAUAACCCAUCCUACGUUGUUGAUUUUGUUGUUAACUGUGUAAUAAAUGCCAAUGAUCUUA